UAUUCCGGUGAGUCUUUCCUUGCGGAGGUCAGGUCUCCUGAUCUUGGCGGUAGCCACCUUAGGCGUGUGAGGUCCUUUGAAAAAUGGCCGAGUCAGCCGACCACAAGGAACUGUUAGAAUCCAGUCAAGAAGAGGCUGGUGAUAAGGUAAUGAUGGAGGGGCCCAGGGAACAGCCGGAGCGCGGUGAAGAUGCCGCAGCUGGGCCUGGAGAUGAUGGGGAGCGCGGUGAAGAAGCCGCCGCGGGGCCUGGGGAAGAAGGGGAAAAAGGUGAAGAGGCUGCUGCUGGGUCCGGGGAUGGCGGGGAAAAAGGUGAAGAUGCUGAUGAGGACUCAGACCCAGACCGUCCAAAAGGACUUAUCGGUUAUCUUUUAGAUACAGACUUUGUUGAAAGUCUACCUGUGAAAGUUAAAUACCGUGUGUUAGCCCUCAAAAAGCUUCAAACUAGAGUGGCCAAUCUAGAAUCCAAAUUCCUAAGGGAAUUUCAUGGUAUUGAAAGAAAGUUUGCUGAAAUGUAUCAACCUUUAUUGGAAAAAAGACGUCAGAUAAUCAAUGCAAUCUAUGAACCUACAAAAGAGGAAUGUGAAUAUAAAUCAGACUCUGAGGACUAUGAUGAUGAGAUGUAUGAUGAGGAAGAGAUGUGUGGUAUUGAGGAGGGUCUGCUACAUGACUACAUAGAUGAGGAUGACUGUUGUGAAGAAGAUUAUUAUGAUUAUGCUAUUGAAGAGGAUGAUGAUGAUGAUGACGAUGACAAUGAUGACGACAACACCGAGGCAGCUGGAGAUGAGAAUAAAGAAGAGGAUCCUAAAGGAAUUCCUGAUUUUUGGCUGACUGUCUUAAAAAACGUUGACACACUCACUCCUUUGAUUAAGAAAUAUGAUGAGCCUAUUCUGAAACUCCUGACAGAUAUUAAAGUGAAGCUUUCAGAUCCUGGUGAACCUCUCAGUUUCACGCUAGAAUUUCACUUCAAACCAAAUGAAUAUUUCAAAAAUGAGCUAUUGACAAAGACCUAUGUGCUGAAGUCAAGGCUAGCAUAUUAUGAUCCCCAUCCCUAUAGGGGAACCGCGAUUGAGUAUUGCAUAGGCUGUAAAAUAGAUUGGAAUGAAGGAAAGAAUGUCACUUUGAAAACAGUCAAGAAAAAGCAGAAACACCGGAUCUGGGGAACAAUCCGAACUGUGACUGAAGAUUUCCCCAAGGAUUCAUUCUUCAAUUUCUUUACUCCUCAAGGAAUCAACUCAAAGGGAAAGGAUGGAAAUGAUGAUUUUCUACUUGGUCACAAUUUACGUACUUACAUAAUCCCAAGAUCAGUAUUAUUUUUCUCAGGUGAUGCACUUGAAUCUCAGCAGGAGGGGGUAGUUAGGGAAGUUAAUGAUGAAAUUUAUGACAAAAUUAUUUACGAUAAUUGGAUGGCUGCAAUUGAGGAAGUUAAAGCCUGUUGCAAAAAUCUUGAAGCAAUAGUAGAAGACAUUGAUCGCUAAAGCAGAGUGUACAUGGCCCUGAAAUUAAUUGCCCUAGAUCUAGUUACUCAAGUUAUAAGAAGUUAAUUACAUUCUUGUGUUCUUAAUUUUUCUUGUAGUGUCAGUUAAAAUGUAUGUCUCAGAAAUAUAAGAGAAGUUCAAAUACUAAUUCAU